AGGCAUCAUUUCCUUUCCAUUCAGACUGCAGUGAUUGGACAAAGUUGAGUGGUGUCACAGUGAUACACGCACGCACUGACAACUCCACAACAGUCCAGCCCGUGUCUCACCUGGCUGCGCUCGCACCGUCUCUCUCUCUGGAAGUCUCACCUGGAGGACCAAUGGCUUGUUGUGAGACCUUUAAGGACCUGGGCAGCAGUUCUUCCGAGGAGGACACGAACCGGCGGACCGGAGAGGACACCAAUAAGUCGCCGGUAGCGCGCCGGCGUCACCCGUUCAGCGUGGAGGCGCUGAUAUCCGUGAGGAAGACGGAGCGUCGCGGCACCGAGACUUCUUGCUGUGCACCGGAGGUUAUCGCCGACUCCGUGUUCGUGUGCAGUCCUGACGGGAGGAGCGCACAGCGCGUGACGGCUGCGCCUUCUUCUCCGGUGAAGUCCGAGGCGUCGGAGCCGGAGGAGUGCGCGCCCUGCUGGGUCACCGGCGGCGCCUUUAACGCACAGCCCCGUCAGGUCACUUCUGGAUGUCAGCUGAGAAAACACAAGUCCAACCGAAAGCCGCGCACGCCGUUCACCACGUCUCAGCUCCUCGCUCUGGAGAGGAAGUUCAGGCAGAAGCAGUACCUGUCCAUCGCUGAGCGGGCUGAGUUCUCAUCCUCUCUGACCCUGACAGAGACCCAGGUGAAGAUCUGGUUCCAGAAUCGCCGGGCGAAAGCCAAAAGACUCCAAGAGGCCGAGCUUGAGAAACUGAAAAUGGCUGCCGACGCCAAGACGGCAGCUGUGGCGGCUGCCGCUGCAGGCGCAUUACACCCCGGCUUUACGCUCCCUCUGUCUGUGGGCGGCAUGUCGGUGUACGGACAGUCGUACUCUGCCUAUCACUGCCACCACAGACCCAUAAUGCCGCUCCCGCCUUUAGGACUGUACACCGCUCCGCUAUACAGCAUGUACCAUUUGUCCUAACGGAAACAUCACGGACACUUUUAAACUGUUAGGACUCCCAAAAGUGGACAUAUGCACCAGAUUUAAUCAAUGUUUAUUAUAUAAUAACGGCACAAGGAAUGUUCCAAUCGGCUUCCACGCACUUCAAGGCAAACUCAAGUAAAUGUUCCACCAGUGAGAACAAAAAAGUCAUUGUCCUCUGGCCCCCUUUGGACUGUUGACUGUGUGUGUGAGGAGAGGUAUUGUUGUUGGGCUGUUCACUUCCACAGCAUUCAGGCCGGGUGAGGACGGCGAGUUUUGUUUAAGAAUUUGUCUUCCGCAGAUCUGCAGAUACAGUGCCUUGUGUUUGGAAAAAGUGCCUUAACCUGGAUAAAUACACACCUGUAUGGAUGCACGUUUGUGCGACUCAGGUCACAUAAAACACAUGGAAGCACUCUUUUUCUCCACUCCUGGACAUGCUGCUUUCAAGUAUCAAAUUAUUCAUCACAGCGACAGUUUUGUGCUUUUGUAAUUUAUGCUUUGUUUUAUCGCUCUUUCCCGUAGCAAUAAAAACCAUUUUAAUCACUUCCUCAUUUUUCUAUCAGGCCUUUAUAGUUCAUAUAUUAUCUUUGAUAUAUGCUGCAAAUGUUUGAAUGUUUCAUGUUUUUAUUAUUAUUUAUGGUUAGGUUGUGUGAAACUGGUACAAUACAAAUGUUUGGACAAGAAUUGUAUUUAUUCUGUUGUUCUUCCCAAACGUCCCCUUUGAGAGGGCCUAUGCCACACAGCAAUAAAUAAAAAUGUA